UCUCCAGCGGGCUGCACGGGGCGAGUAAACAUGUGCGGCGUUUGGGUCCUGCCUGGUAGCAGCAGCAGCAGCCCAUGAUGCUGUGCUGGGAAUGAAGUCAGCCUUCAUCAGCUGAAUAGUUUAUGCAUGAAUCGAAACUUCAGACCUGGCAGGGUGGGGGAACGCGCAGGAUCUGUGAGCUUUUAAAAUGCUGGAGCCAAAGAAGGAGGAGGGGAUAGAGGAAAUAUCAGGAAAAUAAGACUGGGGAAGCCGGGAGAGAUUUGAGAAGCUGGAUGAGUUUGCUCUGUUAUUGCGAGGAGCCAAGUUCCUUAAGCAUCUCCUGGUGGAUAUUAAGAGGGAGCUGUGGAGGCUGGAGCAUUCCCCUGGACACUCGCAUGCUGUAGCUUUAAGACUGUUUUACAGAGGACUCGGGAUUUUCAGUUUUCCUGUGCCUGGUGGAGUAUUUCAGGGAGUUACGGGAUUUUUUGGGUCAUGCACCCCCUUUUUCUUUUUUCUUCCUCCUUUCUCUUCCUCUCUUACUCUUCAUUUUCAUUUCAAAGAGACAAAGCUACUUCAGUUUGGAGCACAAACAUAUGAUCAGCACAUGGAAAUGUGGUAAUUUGGAUGCAUUCAUGAUUGCAACAGAUUGAAGAAAUUAGACCAGACAAAGAGCUUUUUUUGGAAGAGGAGGAGGAGGAGGCAAAGCAAGGAGGGAGGGAGAGUGGGGGAAAGAAGGGGACGCCACCGAAAAAAGGGACGGCCGUGACACGCGGAUGCUAAAUAUAUCCCGUAGUAAUGGAGAGGGACCGGAUUUCAGCUCUGAAAAGAUCUUUUGAGGUCGAGGAGGUAGAUCAGUCUUCAAAUUCCUCCACCCCACAAAGACGGACCCCGAACCCCCUCCUCAGGUCCACUGUGUCCAGCUCCACACAGAAGUUUCAGGAACUCGGUGCCAGGAAUUUGGAGCCAUCCACCCGACAUGCGGACCCCACAGGCCAAAGAUCACCCAAGCCCUCUCUGAGGAGAGUGGAGCUCUCUGGACCCAAACUGCCCGAGCCAGUGUCCAGAAGAACAGAAAUCUCCAUUGACAUCUCAUCCAAGCAGGUGGAGAACUCCACCUCAGGGUUGUCGAGGUUUGGCCUCAAAAGAGCAGAUGUGCUGGGGCACAAACCCCCGGAACCCACCCCAAGGAGGACUGAGAUCACCCUCGGCAAGCCCCAGGAACCGGGUCUCCGGAGGGUGGAGGCGCCGGUGUCAAAGAUCCCUGAGAUCCCCCAGCGAAGAGCCGAGACGACCAAUGCUGCUGUGCCCGACACGGCCACUAAGCGUGUGGAAAUUCAGGUAGCGAAGGCUGCCGAGGUCCCAGCCCCACCGGCGCGGCAAGUGGAGAGCUCGGAGCCUCCUCUGGCCACCCAGCCUCCCCAGGCAGAGCCAAAGCCACAGCCGGUGCUGAUGGAGAGCCCACCAAAGAGAGAAGAAGGUCCAGAGGCAGUUCCCAGCCACGCACUCAGCAUGACGGACACUCCACGGGAUGCCGGCCCCAAGCAGCCGGUGCCAACGCGGCCAGAGAAACCGGCUGCAGACUUUGGCUACGUAGGGAUAGAUGCCAUCCUGGAGCAGAUGAGACGGAAAGCCAUGAAGCAGGGGUUCGAGUUCAACAUCAUGGUCGUGGGUCAGAGCGGCUUGGGGAAAUCCACAUUAAUCAACACUCUCUUCAAGUCAAAAAUCAGCCGGAAAUCUGUACAGCCAACUUCUGAAGAGCGGAUCCCCAAGACCAUUGAAAUCAAAUCUAUCACUCACGAGAUUGAAGAGAAGGGGGUUCGCAUGAAGCUGACAGUCAUCGACACCCCGGGCUUUGGAGACCACAUCAACAAUGAGAACUGCUGGCAGCCCAUCAUGAAGUUCAUCAACGACCAGUAUGAGAAGUAUCUGCAGGAGGAAAUCAACAUUAAUCGGAAGAAGCGGAUCCCUGACACGCGGGUGCACUGCUGUAUAUACUUCAUCCCAGCCACUGGCCACUCGCUCCGACCGCUAGACAUUGAGUUCAUGAAACGCCUGAGCAAAGUGGUCAACAUCGUCCCCGUGAUUGCAAAAGCCGACACGUUAACACUGGAGGAGAGGGACUACUUCAAGCAAAGGAUAAUGGCCGAUCUUCUUGCCAAUGGGAUCGACGUGUAUCCUCAGAAGGAGUUUGAUGAAGACUCUGAAGAUCGGCUAGUGAAUGAGAAAUUCAGGGAAAUGAUCCCAUUUGCGGUGGUAGGCAGUGACCAGGAGUACCAGGUUAAUGGAAGAAGAAUCCUUGGAAGGAAGACCAAGUGGGGCACCAUUGAAGUGGAGAACACGACACACUGUGAGUUUGCCUACCUGCGGGACCUCCUCAUCAGGACACACAUGCAGAACAUAAAGGAUAUUACCAGCAACAUCCACUUCGAAGCCUACAGGGUCAAGAGGCUGAACGAGGGCCAGAGCUCGCUCUCCAAUGGCGUGACCGACAAAGAGCUGGUGGCUAACGAAAUGUAACCGUCUCGCUCCGUAGCCAGGACCUUGCUCGCUCACGCUCGCUAUUUCUCCCCUCUUCCCCCUUUAUUUUUAUAUAAAUCCUCUGCCACUGUCCCUCUUCCCACCCCCAACCCCCUGCCAAUGUUAACUGACCAAAUAACCAGACGCAGUCUCUGUCGUGCGGAGCGGGGCGACCGCUCAUCCCCCCUGCUUUGUGGCACAGGUUUUCUUCUCAGCCCCUGGUCCAGCAUCCCUGGGCUGGGGACCGUCCCCCUGCGGAGGUCAGGCUCGCGCUGGCCCCCAGCGCUGGCCCCACAUCCGAGCUCGGGGGAGCAGAUCCAUGGGGCCAGCGGGGUUGGGGUGUCCCAGGAGCCCUGCCUGCCCCUCUGUGCAGGGGCUUUUCUCCGUCCGUUGAAGGCAAGGGUUUCUCCAGGUGAAUGUAGCCUUUGGAAGCAAGGUACGGUGGUGCGAAGAAAGCAAGAUGGUGCCAUCCUUGUCUCCUGCCGCCUCCUCCGAGCCCUCUGCAGCCCUCCAGGACCCGCCAGCCCCCAACCCAACCCCUCUACCCUGCCUACAUGCAAUAAACUGGGAGUGUUUAGGUGUCACCUCGCCUGUCACCAACCCCCGGCCAGGCAGAGCGACCUGCUUUGGGAGAAGUGCCUUUUCAGACUGUUACCUUGCAAUAGCGUGGGAGAGGGGAGGGAGGGCUUGCCUUGUCUGUCUUUGCAGCCCGCAGAAAGGCUGCGACACUUUGUGGAGACUUCUUUUCCCUCUCCCUUGGACCAUAGAUAUGGCUGAUGUCCUGGGAACAUUUGUAUUUAUUUUUCAUUCAGUUGGGUGGGUUUUUUUCCACUGGAGGCUCGGAGUGUGUCUAAAGGGGGCUGAGAGUGGAACGUCUCUGCAAAGCGGUGGUGGGAGGCUGAGGGUUGUCCCGUCUGACCCUUGUGAUUCUCGGGCUUUUCCCUAUGUCAGAGGAGGCUGUUGGGUAUUUUUUGUUGGUUUUUUUUUUUU